AUGGCCGCAUCCGCCAUGUCCGUCUGCUCCAGUGAUCUGAGCUAUAGCAGCCGGGUCUGCCUGCCCAGAUCUGGUGACUCUUGCACUGAUUCCUCCUGGCAGGUGGACGACUGCCCAGAGAGCUGCUGCGAGCCCCCCUGCUGCGCCCCCAGCUGCUGUGCCCCAGCCCCCUGCCUGACCCUGGUCUGCACCCCAGUGAGCUGUGUGUCCAGUCCCUGCUGCCAGGCGACCUGUGAGCCCAGCCCCUGCCAAUCAGGCUGCACCAGCUCCUGCACGUCCUCAUGCUGCCAGCAGUCUAGCUGCCAGCCGGCUUGCUGCACCUCCUCCCCCUGCCAGCAGGCCUGCUGCGUGCCUGUCUGCUGCAAGCCUGUGUGCUGUGUGCCCGUCUACAGUGGGGCUUCUUCUUCAUGCUGCCAGCAGUCUAGCUGCCAGCCAGCUUGCUGCACCUCCUCCCCCUGCCAGCAGGCCUGCUGUGUGCCUGUCUGCUGCAAGCCCAUCUGCUCUGGGAUUUCCUCUUUGUGCUGUCAGCAGUCUAGCUGUGUGAGCUCUGUGUCCAGCCCCUGUGAGCCCAGCCCCUGCCAAUCAGGCUGCACCAGCUCCUGCACACCCUCUUGCUGCCAGCAGUCUAGCUGCCAGCCGGCUUGCUGCACCUCCUCCCCCUGCCAGCAGGUCUGCUGCGUGCCCGUCUGCUGCAAGCCUGCGUGCUGUGUGCCCACCUGUUCUGGGGAUUCCUCUUCAUGCUGCCAGCAGUCUAGCUGCCAGCCGGCUUGCUGCACCUCUUCCCCGUGUCAGCAGGCCUGCUGUGUGCCUGUCUGCUGCAAGCCCGUCUGCUGCGUGCCUGUGUCCUCUGGGGCUUCCUAUCUGUGCUGCCAGCAGUCUAGCUGCCAGCCGGCUUGCUGCACCUCCUCCUGCUGCAGACCCUCCUCCUCCGUGUCCCUCCUCUGCCGCCCCGUGUGCAGCUCCACCUGCUGCGUGCCCGUCCCCUCCUGCUGUGCCCCCACCUCCUCCUGCCAGCCCAGCUGCUGCCGCCCGGCCUCCUGCGUGUCCCUCCUCUGCCGCCCCACGUGCUCCCGCCCGGCCUGCUGA